AUGGCACUACUCACUAACGACGACAUCCGUACAGUUAUUGCGGGCGCCACGAGACCUCUAGAUCUUCUGCAAAGACUGGCUUCGGGACCUAUUGAACAGCUUACAUUGCCUACCCCGCUUCCUGAUCCCCAACACUUCCUUCACAAUCGGGAACUGAUUUGGCAGCGCUACGACAGCAUUACUGUGCUUCGACAAGUCUCGCUAUUCCAGCGCAAUGACAGCCCAUCGAGAUCUAUCUAUCGCAUGUGCGAAUUCUUGUCGGCGGACUUUCCCAAUCAACUGAUGCUAGAGAUGCAAUACUUUUGGCAUCAUGAGGAACCUCAGUGGACCUUAGCAGCAAUACCGGACCCUCGAGAGACUAACGUCGAAAGAUACGCUAUUUUGGCAAGCCUGGUCGAAAGUUUGGUUACCGCGUUCAAUGCCAGACUUGCCCUGGGAUUGCGACGUGGCCGAGAAAGCAUAGUGGCGAAAUCCGACCAGAUCAGAAGUACCCCGGGAGAGAGGGCUCCGUUCUGGACUUGCAAAGUACCUAGGCUGUCUUACGAGCUGUGUCUUUACGAUGCUGGCCCCUACUUCGUGCCUACCGAUGAGCCAUUCUCAAAUCGAAACAUAAUCGCCAACGCGGGUAACCUUUUUUCGAUAUAGGUACCUACAGAUUGUGGAGACAGAAGCAGCGCUCAGCGCGAGUACUGAUGAUCGUAUCGAGGAGACAUGAAGCAAGGUGCAUUCAUCGAUCGCUGCAAUGAGUUUUGAAAUUCACCAAGGUUCCUCCUUACAAUGCACCAUUAAAUGCAUGCCAUUUCCACGUUCCAUCAUCUGUAUGGUACACCAUUUGCGUACCACUCGCCUGCGGCCACUCACUUUCCGGUCUUAGUAUACAGUAGUAAGGUACACUCGCGAUUAACAAUCGUAUUUUGAAGGGGUAAAGGCAGAUUCGUAAAGGAGAGUUGCGAGACUCGCGACAAAGGCCUCAGGCGGGCUUUGGGCGGCGGAGUAUAUUACGUCGAUAACGAGAUGUCGAGGUGUGUUACGUCUAGGGCUGCGUUUAGACGAAUCCUAGGGCUGCCCAUAGCCUCGCCAACUCUGGCAGAGCAGUCUUGGGCCCUUUUGUGCCGCACUGGCUGGGGUGGGUGAGCCGUGAGCGUAGUGAGGUGAGAUGGUCACUGUGGUGUGGUGUGCAUUGUGCAACUGGGCACUGGGCACUGGGCACUGGGCACGUGUGGCGGCGUAUGAGGCUAUGGCCCCAGUCCCCCGUCCCAGUCCCCGUCCCAGUCCCGGCUAGGCCACGGUUCGUCACCCACCAAAGAAUUUCGAAACCC